AUGACCAACAGGAAAGACCUGGCGACCAUGAGGGCCUUCGACAUGGCCUUUGUCAUUGGUCAGAAGUCCAACGAGGGUUACGACUACUACGACUUCUUUGAGCAAGUCUAUGAGAGGCUGAAGACGCACCCUUUUCACAGCAAACUUACAUCAGAAAAAGAGGUUAGCCCUUACUCUGCCUACUUGCACGAUGCAGUCCUGCUUUACGCCAUGGGACUGAAGGAAGUCCUCAGAGAUGGCAAAGACCCCCAUGACGGCAGGGAACUGCUCCAGAGACUGAAGAACAAGAACAACAUCCACUUCUAUGGAGCCUCUGGACUGGUCCACUUUGAUGAGGAGGGUGAGAGGAACUUGGACUACUCCAUUUUUGAUCUGCAGCAUACUGAUGACAGCACCACCUUUGUGCCCAUCCUUCAUUUUGACAGCCACACCAAAUCUAUCAGACCGACCCCAAAGUUUGUAUCUGUGAUCUGGCCAAAGGGAAAGCCUCCGACUGAUAACCCUGACUGUGGCUUUGACAACAAGCUUUGUCAAUGGCUCUCCAAUGAUAUAUCCCUGGUGAUCAUGCUGGUGGUGUCCCCUCUCAUCGGUGUGUCAGCCCUGGUCUUCAUUGGCCUCCUUAUGCUGCAGAAGUUCCGGCUGCAGACCAGGCUGGACGGCUCCUGCUGGUGUAUCAUCAACUACAAUGAGAUCACUAUUAUCAAAGAGCCUAAAGGAGUGCCGGCCCUAUCUCUGAGCACGACAGCCAGUAAGACUGGAAGUGGAGGCUCCUAUCAGACCAUCCUCUCCUCCACUAGCUACGGCCUGAGAGACUAUGCAGGGAAAGAGCACAUCUACUCCACUAUAGGUCUUUUUCAGGGAAAUCAAGUGGCCAUCAAAUACAUGCAGAAUCAAUCUGUCAGCGAUAUCAGGAAGCCGUCCAUCAUCGCAGAGUUCAACAUGGUAAAAGAGAUGAAGCAUGAAAACUUGGUGCAGUUCUUUGGGGUUUGCAUUGACCCUCCAAAGGUCUGUAUGGUCAUGCAGUACUGCAAGAAAGGCAGCCUGAAGGAUGUUCUAAAAUGCACUGACAUUGAGCUGGAUUGGAUGUUUAAACUGUCCUUUGCAUACGAUAUUGUUAACGGGAUGGAGUACAUCCACAAGAGUAGCCUGAAGUCCCAUGGCAACUUGAAACCCAGCACGUGUCUGGUGGACAGCAGACUUCAGGUCAAACUCUCUGGCUUUGGACUGUGGGAAUUCAAAUACGGCACUAAACACAAAGUCAUCCCCCCGGAUAAUCCCAAAUUUGAAGAGAUGUACUGGACGGCUCCAGAACUUCUGAGGCAAGACCAGCUCACGUUCAAUGGCACACCCAAGGGGGACAUCUACAGCUUUGCAAUGAUUAUGCGUGAGCUGAUCUAUAGCUCAGAGGUGGGUCCAUACAACGAUAUCCAGCUGGAGCCUCAAGAGAUUAUCAAGCAAUUGCGGGUCCCUCUCUUAGGGGAGCCCCUCAGGCCGACCGUGUGCCCCCAGAUGUGCAACGAGGGGCUGGUCGACCUUCUGAAGGCCUGCUGGAGUGAGAACCCUGACUACAGACCCCCUUUUGGCUCCAUCAGAAUACAGCUGAAGGAGACCAGCCCAGAAAGUCAUACGAAUAUCCUUGACAACAUGGUGAACAAGUUGGAGAGCUAUGCCAACCACCUGGAGGAGGUAGUUGAAGAGAGAACCAAACAGCUUACAGCAGAGAAGACCCGGUCGGACAAGCUUCUCUCCAGUAUGUUACCAAGGUACAUAGCGGACCAUCUGAUGGCUGGGAAGUCGGUGGAGCCUCAGGGUUAUGACAUGGUGACAAUCUUUUUCUCUGACAUCGUUGGCUUCACCACCAUGUGCUCCAUUAGCUCCGCCCUGGAGGUGGUCACCGUCCUCAAUGACCUCUACAGUCUCUUUGAUGAGAUCAUCAAGCUCUACGAUGUCUACAAGGUGGAGACUAUAGGGGAUGCGUACAUGGUAGCUAGUGGGCUACCCAUCAGUAACGGCAUGAAGCACGCAUCUGAGAUUUCUACAAUGGCUCUUCACUUCCUGUGUGCCAUCAAGCUCUUCAAGAUUCGUCACUUGCCCAAUCAGAGCUUGUCUCUCCGCAUCGGGAUCAACUCAGGUCAGUACGUACGAACAAUCUGUCAAAUCGAUUACCCAGACAGCGGCUGUCAGUCAUGA